AAUAUAAUUUUCAUACGGACUUACGUGUGAAAAUUAGAAUGACAAUAUUCAAACCCUAGCUAAUUGAUAAACUCCCACAUUAAGUUCUUUUAACCGCCUCCUUCGCGUUCCCGACCUCAGCUUGUUCUCCAGCCUGACCCGCGCCCUCGACCUCAGCUCGGAGAGCCGCCUGGAGCUCAUUCUCCGACCUAACCACGAGCUUUUUCUCUGACCGCCGUCAGCGUAUGUCCUCUCUCUCUCUCUCUCUCUCUCCUCUGCAACAACCCUUUCACCUGACCAGCACCCGACCUCCUCUUCCUUCUUCGCCUCCGAUAGGCAGCCGCCUCCUUCUCCGGCCGGCACUUGACCGCACCAGUGUUUGAUUUUCUGUCCGCCAUACCCUAAAACCUAACCCGUUCACGCUCUUAUAUUAAUACCAAAACCCAGUCAGGUGCCUCCAAAAGCUUGUUUCUAGGUCUCAGCGGCACAGGAAGAAGAAGAAAACAGAGAUCUAGAUUCAACCAUGGUGGCUGUGAAGAAAACCAAGAAGACCCAUGAGUCUAUCAACAACAGGCUCGCUCUUGUCAUGAAGAGUGGCAAGUACACUCUGGGUUACAAGAUCGUCAUCGACACUCUUCGUAGCUCCAAAGAUAGCAUCUCUCUCUGAUUCUUUGACCCAAAUUUUCAAUCUUUGUCAUUUAUGUGAUUUGGGUUUUGAAUCUUCGAUGUGGGAUUUGAUUUUUUUUUUUUGCGGGUGAAUUGCAGGGAAGCUGAUUAUAAUCUCGAACAAUGGCCCUCCUCUGAGAAAGUCGGGGAUCGAGUACUACGCGAUGCUUGCCAAGGUUAGAGUUCACCACUAUAAUGGAAGGAUGUUGGAAGCUUUAUUCAGCCAGAGCGUAUCAGGCAAAUGUGGAUCAGACCCUUUUCUUCUGAGACUGUGCAAGAUUUCAAACAUAAAAUCGCUCAAACACAGAGACAUAGACACACACGUGCGUGGGUGUGCACACACACAUAGUUUAACUUUGGUGAGCUUAUUGAAGAGAGAAACUGAUGACAACUUACUCAUGCGUGAUGAGUGACACUCUUGAGACAUUAUGGAGGUAGUAGACCCGUGAUCCCAACCCCAGCCAUCACUGAUAGUGUAUAUCGCAGCAGAACAAUUGAGUUCAGUGAGAGGCUGAGUUACUUUGGAAUAGCAACCAGUUUAAUUAUUUACCUGACCAAAGUAAUUCAUGAAGACCUCAAGAGUGCAGCAAAGAGUGUCAACUAUUGGUCUGGUGUUACCACAAUGAUUCCAUUCUUUGGAGGCUUCAUAGCUGAUGCUUAUUUGGGUCGCUUCUCAACUGUUCUGGUCUCAUCCAUCAUUUACCUUCUGGGUUUGAUUCUUCUAUCCAUGUCCUGGUUUGUACCAACCCUAAGGCCUUGUGACACACAUCCAUGUCUUGAACCAAGAAAAAUCCAUGAAGUGGUGUUCUUCCUAGCCAUAUACAUGAUCUCCAUAGGAACUGGAGGCCAUAAACCCUCUUUGGAGAGCUUUGGAGCUGACCAAUUUGAUGAUGAUCACACUGAAGAAAGAAAGCAAAAGAUGUCCUACUUCAAUUGGUGGAACUUUGGGCUUUGCUGUGGUCUUUUGCUUGGGGUGACUGUGGUUGUCUACGUACAAGACCAUGUAAGUUGGGGUGUCGCAGAUAUAGUUCUCAUGGCAGUCAUGGGUACCUCGCUGGUUAUCUUCAUUGUUGGGAGGCCGUUUUACCGCUAUCGAAGACCUACAGGAAGCCCCCUGACACCAAUGCUGCAGGUUCUUGUAGCGGCCAUUGCGAAGAGAAAGCUGCCAUAUCCUUCUGAUCCUGCUCAAUUGUAUGAAAUUUCCCAGUCGGAGAAGGUCCGUGGGAGGCUUUUGUGCCACACCAACAAGCUCAAAUUUCUUGACAAGGCAGCCAUCAUAAGCACAGAAAAUUCAGCUGAGAAGCAAAAUCCUUGGACUCUUGCAACAGUAACAAAGGUCGAGGAGAUGAAACUAGUCCUCAACAUUAUCCCCAUUUGGCUAGCCACCCUACCAUUUGGAAUGUGUGUAGCACAAACCUCUACGUUCUUCAUCAAACAAGGUGUCUCCAUGAACCGAAGCAUCGCCAACGGUUUCGAGAUCCCCCCUGCCUCAAUCUACUCUCUCGCAGCCAUCGGAAUGAUCAUAUCCGUCACGUUCUACGAGAAAAUCCUAGUCCCCGUCAUGCGAAGAACAACUGGAAACGAAAGGGGAAUCAACAUCCUCCAGAGAAUCGGAAUUGGAAUGCUCUUCUUAAUCGGCACAAUGGUAGCAGCUGCCUUGGUGGAGAAGAAAAGACUAGGGAUUGUUGAGAAAGACCCUUUAAAGAGUUCACAUUCCAUGAGUGUGUUCUGGUUAGCACCCCAAUUUGUGAUAAUUGGAUUUGGAGAUGGGUUUACUCUUGUAGGUCUACAGGAGUAUUUCUACGACCAAGUUCCGGACUCCAUGAGGAGCUUGGGAAUUGCGUUUUACCUUGGUGUAAUUGGAGCUGGAAAUUUUCUCAGUAGCCUCUUGAUCACGGCCAUUGAUCACAUCACAGAGCAAAGGGGGAAAAGUUGGUUUGGUAAGGAUUUGAAUAGUAGUCGUUUGGACAAGUUUUACUGGCUAUUGGCUUGUAUGGCUGCAGCAAAUUUGUGUGUUUAUGUGUUUUUGGCUCGGCGUUACUCUUACAAGAAUGUGCAGAAGGUAGCUGUGGUCGACUGCUAUGAAGGUGAAGAGGAAAAGGGCGGUUCAUUGGCAUAAUUAGUUAUAAACUUAUAAUGUAGGUAUGAUAUAUGUAAUGUGUCUAAACUCUAAAGAAUAAUGCAACUGUUCAAUUUGAGUUGAGAAUAAUCCAGUUUCUUAAAGAAUG